GAUAGGGUGCAGCUGGAAAUAUAAUUAAUAUGCUGUGGCAGUUGAUGGAAAAUGGACUGGAGGAACUCAAGCUUCUCCAAACCGUUCUGGUUCUUUUGACAACCAACACAGUAGUGCACGACGAUGCCCUUGCUAAGGCAAUUGUACUUUGCUUUCGGCUACACUUUACCAAAGAUAAUAUCACCAAUAACACAGCAGCAGCUACAGUACGGCAAGUGGUUACAGUUGUCUUUGAAAGAAUGGAUGCUGAAGAUGAGCAGCAUAAAGAUGAUGAUAGUCAUCCUCCUGUUGUCCAAGGCAAUAGCAACAGAAGAACAAUCAGCACACUAAGACCAUGUGCAAAAGAUGCAUAUAUGCUCUUCCAGGAUUUGUGCCAGUUGGUAAAUGCAGAUGCUCCUUACUGGUUGGUCGGAAUGACGGAAAUGACCCGAACAUUUGGUUUGGAACUUCUGGAAUCUGUUCUGAAUGACUUUCCACGAGUGUUUUUACAACACCAAGAGUUCAGUUUCCUUCUGAAGGAAAGGGUGUGCCCUUUGGUGAUCAAGCUGUUUUCUCCCAAUAUCAAAUUCAGACAGGGUACUAAUACUCCAUCUUCCCCAACUCCUGUCGAGAAACCAUACUUUCCCAUCUGUAUGCGCCUUCUGCGAGUGGUAUCUGUUUUAAUUAAACACUUCUAUAGCCUUUUGGUAACUGAAUGUGAGAUAUUUUUGUCUUUACUGGUGAAGUUUUUGGAUGGUGAUAAACCACAGUGGCUUCGAGCAGUUGCUGUGGAAUGCAUUCACAGGCUGUGUGUGCAACCUCAGCUGCUACGGUCUUUCUGUCAGUCGUAUGAUAUGAAGCCUCACUCAACAAAGGUCUUCAGAGACAUUGUGAACGCACUGGGAUCUUUUAUACAAUCUCUUUUUAUUACUCCCAGCACUGGAAGCAAUCCAAUUUCAAAUAUGCAGACUGGCACAAGUGGAGGCGGCGGUCCUGCCACAGCACAGAAUGGAUCAGGAACGAGUGCUAAUGUGGGACUCACCCCACAACCAGCUUUUGAAUAUAGAGGCACAUGGAUUCCAAUUCUAAAUACCUCUGUGCAAGGCACUUCUAAAGCAGCCUACCUAGAAUUGCUGGACAAAGUGGAGCCUCCUACUAUCCCUGAUGGAUAUGCCAUGUCUGUAGCAUUUGGUUGCCUUCUGGAUCUGGUUCGUGGCAUUACUGCCAUGAUUGAGGCAGAGUUUGACAGUGAAGGAAUUACUUCCCAGCCUGGCGUCACAAAGCAAGCAGCGGAUGUGCAGUCUUCAGAGCAACUGGAGAAGCUGUCAGCAAAUGAAAAGGCGGCUGUUUCUAGAGCUGUGUGGGAGGAGAUGGUCGGUGCUUGCUGGUGUGGUCUUCUUGCAGCUUUGUCACUGUUGCUGGAUGCCAGCACUGAUGAAACCGCCUCAGAAAACAUCUUGAAAGCAGAAAUGACUAUGGCUUCUCUCUGUGGCAAACUGAGUCUUGUUACACCAAGAGAUGCGUUCAUCACUGCCAUUUGCAAGGCGUCUCUUCCCCCACAUUAUGCACUAACUGUUCUGAAUAGUUCUUCUGGUGGUUUGCAUAAAACGUACUCCAUUCAGGGUCAAAGUGUGCAGAUGAUCAGCCCAUCAAGUGAUUCGCACCAGCAGGUGGUUGCAGUGGGUCAGCCUCUGACUUCUCAACACCAAGGAACUGUUAUGUUGACUGCGAAGAAUAUUCAGUGCAUGCGGACAUUGUUGAAUUUAGCUCAUUGUCAUGGUUCGGUGCUUGGAACGUCAUGGCAGCUCGUUCUGGCCACUCUACAGCAUCUUGUGUGGAUUCUGGGCUUGAAGCCUGCAAGUGGAGGUGCACUGAAACCAGGGAGAGCUGUUGAAGGGCCAAGCACUGUUCUGACCACUGCUGUCAUGAGCGAUUUGCCAGUGAUUUCAAAUAUACUUUCAAGAUUAUUUGAGAGUUCCCAGUACCUUGAUGAUGUCUCACUCCAUCAUUUGAUAAAUGCUCUGUGCUCCUUAUCAACUGAAGCCAUGGAUAUGGCAUUUUGGAACAACAAGGAACCUUCUCUAUUUGCUGUUGCUAAAUUGCUCGAAACAGGAUUAGUGAAUAUGCACCGAAUUGAGAUUCUCUGGAGGCCUUUAACAGGACACUUACUGGAGGUAUGCCAGCACCCAAAUGCCAGAAUGCGGGAGUGGGGAGCAGAAGCUGUGACUUCUCUGAUAAAAGCUGGGUUGUCUUUUAAACAUGAUCCACCACUAUCACAAAAUCAGAGGUUGCAGUCGCUGCUGCUGAAUCCAUUGAAGGAAUUGUCCAAUAUUGUGCACCCUGACAUCCGACAGAAACAGUUGGAGUGCGUGCUUCAAAUCCUGCAGAAUGAGGGAGACAGCCUGGGGCCUGGCUGGCCAUUGGUGUUGGGAGUCAUAGAAGCAAUUCGAAAUGAUCAAGGAGAAUCUCUAAUCCGCACAGCAUUCCAAUGUUUGCAGUUAGUGGUGACUGAUUUUCUACCCACCAUGCCCAGUACCUGCCUUCAGAUUGUUGUGGAUGUAGCUGGCAGCUUUGGGCUUCAGAAUCAGGAGCUCAACAUCAGUUUGACCUCAAUAGGUCUUUUGUGGAACAUCUCAGACUAUUUCUUCCAACGAGGAGAGACCAUUGAGAAGGAACUAGACAAGGAGGAAGCUCUGCUGCAGAAACAGGCAGAGGAAAAGGGAGUCCCUUUAAAUCGGCCGUUCCAUCCUGCUCCUCCAUUUGACUGUCUCUGGUUGUGCCUUUACUCAAAGCUGGGAGAACUGUGUGUGGAUCCAAGGCCAGCUGUCCGAAAGAGUGGAGGACAGACCUUGUUCUCUACAGUUGGUGCGCACGGUACUUUACUACAGCAUGCCACCUGGCAUACAGUGUUGUGGAAGGUUUUAUUUCCCCUUUUGGAUCGGGUUAGAGAAUCAUCCACAACAGCUGACAAAGAGAAGAUUGAGUCUGGUGGUGGAAAUAUUCUUAUUCAUCAUUCUAGGGACACUGCUGAGAAACAAUGGGCAGAGACAUGGGUUUUAACAUUGGCUGGAGUAGCUAGAAUAUUUAACACCAGGAGAUACUUAUUGCAGUCUUUGGGGGACUUUUCAAAAGCCUGGGAUGUAUUGUUGGAUCAUAUCCAGUCAGCUGCACUGAGCAAGAACAAUGAAGUUUCACUGGCAGCCCUGAAGAGCUGUCAGGAAAUUUUACAAAUUGUGACCCCUGUAAAAGAUUCUGACAAGUCAGAAGGUCUAUCUGGUGUUAAUAUGCCAGUUUUUGUGGGACCGCUGAUCCCCCCACCUCGAACCUUAUCCAGGACAGAUUCACUUGGAGAAAAGCUGGGAAGAUAUAUCGGAGCUGAAUUGAGUGCAGCAGUAGAUGAGAUUGAGGAUUCUGCACUGUGGUGGGCUGCAUGGAAUACCUGGUACAAGAUAGGUUUGGAAAGCACAAAGCCACCGACUACCUGUGAUAAGCUGUUCUUUAUUCCUAGUCAGCCAUUCCUCACAGCACUUGUGCAGAUCUUCCCGGCUCUGUACCAGCACAUCAAGUCAGGCUUCAGCAUGGAGGACCUGAAGAAAUUGGGUGUGAUAUUGCAUGGUGCUGUGUCAGUUCCAAUCAGCUCUGAUGCCUCUCCAUUCAUUCUACCAUCCUACACUGAAGCAGUGCUGACCAGUCUACAAGAAGCAGUGCUGAUAAGUCUAGAUGUCCUACAGAAGGCAAUUUGCGUAGGGCCGGAAGACAUGCAGAUCAUGUACCCAGCAAUCUUUGACCAGUUGCUUUCAUUUGUCGAGUUUUCCUGCAAGGCGCCAACAUAUGGAAAACUAGAAACAAAAAAUAUAGCAAAUGCAAAGUUUAAUCAGAUUCAACUUUUUGCUCCGGCGGAGUGGGUGGCUUUGAAUUAUGUGCCAUUUGCUGAAAAAUCCCUUGAAGUAGUUGUGGAUCUGUAUCAGAAGACAGCAUGUCACAAAGCAGUGGUAAAUGAAAAAGUCCUUCAGAAAAUCAUUAAGACACUGAGGAUACCACUCAGUCUAAAGUAUGCCUGCCCCUCUGAAACGACGUGGAAAAUGGCUGUUUCCUCUCUUCUUAAAAUACUCUCAAUUGGACUUCCCGUUGCAAGGCAACAUGCUUCCUCAAAAAAAUUUGAUACCAUGUGGCCAGAACUAGCCAACACAUUUGAAGACUUCUUGUUUACAAAAAGCAUACCCCCAGAUAAUCUCUCCAUUCAGGAAUUCGAGAAAAAUGAGAACAUAGAUGUUGAAGUUGUGCAGCUUAUUAGCACAGACAUAUUACCAUUUGCAAACUUCAUUCCAAAAGAAUUUGUUGGCCAGAUAAUGACAAUGCUAAACAAAGGUUCGAUCCAUUCUCAGUCAACGUCAUUUACAGAGGCAGAAAUUGACAUUCGAAUGAGAGAGGAGUUUUCUAAAGUCUGCUUUGAAACGCUGCUUCAGUUUUCCUUCAGUAAUAAAGUGACAACUCCCCAGGAAGGGUAUAUUUCCCGAAUGGCAUUGUCUGUGCUGCUAAAGAGGUCACAAGAUGUGUUGCAUCGGUACAUUGAAGAUGAGAAAUUGAGUGGCAGAUGUCCUCUCCCAAGACAGCGAGUGACAGAAAUAGUGUUCGUUCUGAAAGCAAUCAGCACACUCAUGGAUUCACUUAAGAAAACAAAGCCUGAAAACGUUGAUACCAACACCUGGUCGCAGGUAAUUGCUUUGUAUCCAACACUUGUAGAGUGUAUUACCUGCACAUCAUCUGAAGUUUGCUCAGCUUUGAAAGAAGCAUUAGUUCCAUUUAAAGAUUUUCUUCAGCCACCAAUAGCCAAAGUACAAAAUGGAGAAUCCUGACAAACGUGGGACUGCCAUAUCAUCUGCAGUACUAUUAACAUGUUGAUUCAGGCAGUGUACUUGCCAGAGCACAAUUCGAGAAAGGUCUGGAGCAUCACUGAAUGUAAAGAUCUACACGUGCAGACUGGAUUAAGUAACAAUCAGGGGCCUUGUUUGGAAGCAUUUUACUGACAGUUGGAGUUGUUUAAACAUGCAUAGAUUAAGUCACUCAAACUGUAAUAACUGCCCUGCCGUUUGCUUUUUAGUGAAGCUGACCUGUGGGUAUGUUUUUAAUUAAUCAACCUAAAUCUGGUGCAGUGAUAUAAAAACAGUUUGAGGAAGGAUACUUGUACAGGUUGUGUUCUAAUGUUGCUGUUGUAAUUAAAAAAGAUAUAUAUUCAACAUCGUAUAUUUGAGAAAUAUGCUGACGUUUUGUACACUUUUUAAAAGGUACAAAAAUUGUGCACAGAACUAUAUGCAAGUGAGUACCAUAACAUUCCAUGUCAUCUGUGACCAACCUUUCCAAGUAAAGGGAAAUUAUGUACUUGUGUGUAAAAUAAAUUGUCCACUUCUGUUA